AUGGAGGCUGGCUCGCCCUCAUGGCGCUCUUGGGCCGACGAGGCCGAGGACGAGCUCCCGCCGCCGGAAUCCCUGGGAGCGGGGUUUCCAGGCCGUUUCUCGGAUGACUUCUUCGGCUGUGGUCGCGGGGAGCGAAUCUCCUUCACUGACUCGGAGGAUUACUCCGACUCUGAGCCGCCCUCGCCGCCGCCGGCUGGCAAAGGCAAGGCGGUUGCGGAGCCGGCUGGGCAACGUCGUCGUGCGCAUCGUCGUCGUCGUAAGCGGCAGGGGCAGGGGGACUUCAUGGCUGCUGCUCGUCGGUCUCAUCCCCAGCUUGACCCGGCUCCGCCUCCAGCCCGGCGUCGUACCCCCACGGCGCACCCUGCUCGUCCUCUGGAGGUACCGGACGCAGACGGCUUCUUCCAGAGACCGCGUACUGGCAACACCGCCGGGGGAGGGGCACCUUCCCUCUUCUGGCGGCCAUGGCGGAGGACGUCGUUGGCCAGUGCCCAAUCAUUCCCGUUUAGGGUGCUUGUGGGGAUGAGGCGCGUCCCCCUACAUGCUCGGAACGCGGCCACGGCGCAGGCCAUCCUCGGGCCCGCUUGUGCCGAGGUGGACGUUGUCCGACCUAGUGACGUUCCGGCGGAUGAUGACCGAGAAUUCUUCGUCACGGCAUGGUGUACGCACCCAAGGUUCAUCCACGACGAGCAGGUCGUGUUCAUCCGAGCCACGCAUUCUCAGCCCGUCGAGGCCGCUUUGACCGUGCUUCGGGGCUGCGCUACCGUCGUCUGA